UGAACGGGCGGGCGGCGGUUGGCGGGGGGGUGGGCGCGGCGCGCGGCCACAGUGAGAGGCGACGGCGAGGGGGGGAGAGAGGGAGAAGCAUGAAGACGGCACGGCUGCAGACACCUAGACGGCCAGGAAAGAAGCCAUCAAAUAAUCGCCCCAAGGAUCCAGUUGGCGUGUAUUGUCGUGUACGCCCACUGACUGCAGGUGAUGAUGCAUGUUGUGUUGAAGUUAUCAGUAAUACCACAAUACAGCUUCAUCCUCCUGAUGGGAUUAAAGUCAACAGAAAUGGAGAAUUCAAAGAGAUGCAGUAUUCUUUUAAAGAAGUGUUUGGUGCCUAUACUACUCAGAAGGAACUAUUCAAUGUUGUUGCACAGCCCCUAGUAGAAGAUUUGAUUCAUGGCAAAAAUGGGCUCCUGUUUACUUAUGGUGUUACUGGAAGUGGAAAAACGCACACAAUGACGGGGUCUCCUGGCGAUGGAGGUCUUCUGCCCCGGUGCCUGGACAUGAUCUUUUGCAGCAUUGGACCAUUCCAAGCAAAGCGCUAUAUUUUCAAACCAGAUGAUAAGAAUGCAAUGGAGGUACAGAAUGAAGUUGAUGCUCUGUUGGAGCGUCAGAAACGAGAUUGCCAGCCAACUGCAACUCCGAAGGCCAUGUCCUCCAGGCAGAGGAUGGAUCCAGAAUUUGCAGACAUGAUUACUGUACCUGAACAUUGCAAGGCUGAAGGAGUCGAUGAAGACAGCGUGUAUAGUCUCUUUGUUUCCUACGUUGAAAUCUACAACAACUACCUUUAUGAUCUUUUGGAAGAAGUAUCACAAGAUCCAAUUAAACCAAAAGCUCCUCAGUCUAAAAAUCUUCGAGAAGAUUCUAACCAUAACAUGUAUGUAUCUGGUUGCACUGAAGUAGAAGUGAAGUCCACAGAAGAAGCUUUUGAAGUCUUUUGGAAAGGCCAGAAGAAACGUCGUAUUGCUAACACAACGUUAAAUCGAGAAUCAAGUCGUUCGCAUAGUGUUUUUAUAAUCAAGUUAGCACAGGCUCCCUUGGAUGCUGAUGGGGAUAACGUUCUUCAGGCAAAAGAUCAGACAACUGUAAGCCAACUGUCCCUGGUGGACUUGGCAGGAAGUGAGAGGACAACUAGGACAAGAGCUGAAGGCAGCAGGUUGCGAGAGGCAGGUAAUAUUAAUCAAUCACUGAUGACUCUUAGAACUUGCAUUGAAGUACUGAGAGAAAACCAAAUGUAUGGAACAAAUAAGAUGGUGCCAUACAGAGAUUCAAAGCUCACACAUCUGUUCAAGAACUAUUUUGAUGGUGAGGGUAAAGUUCGGAUGAUUGUGUGUGUCAAUCCUAAAGCAGAUGAUUAUGAGGAAACCCUGCUGGUCAUGAGGUUUGCUGAAAUGACUCAAGAAGUGGAAAUAGCCAGACCUAUAGAUAGACCCAUCUGUGGCUUCACUCCCGGACGCAGAUACAGAAAUCAGGCUUUCAAAGAAGAAUUGACAAGAAAAUUAGAACUGCGAGGAGGCCCCAUUGAUGGAGAUCUAACCUUUACAGAACUUUUUCUGCAAAGUUUUGCACCUUUGCCUUCCGUUGAGAUAACAGAUGCCAGUGAUGAACAUACAUUGCCACGACUUAUAGAGUGUUUGGAACAACGGCAAAGAGCCCGUCACCUGGCUACUGAGGAGGUGAAAAAAAGCGUGAAUGCUCUCAGAGGGAUGCUUCAAGACUGGGACAGCAAUUUCUCAGUAAAGGAAAACUACAUACAAGAUCAGACGGAAAAAAUGAUUGAAAAAGACCGGAUUAUAAAUGGGCAGAAAUCCGAAGCUGAUCGGCUAGAGAAGAAAAUCAGAACUUUGGAAUAUAAAAUUGAAAUAUUGCAAAAAACAGCAAAUAUCUAUGAAGAUGACAAGCGGACUUUACAACACGAGUUGGAUGAGAGAGACCAAAAGCUGCACAGAGAGGUGUCGGACAAACGACGUUUGGAGCAGAGAAUGCACGGAGUGGUGACUGAUACAAAGAUGAAAUGGGAGAAAGAAUGCGAACGUCGAGUUCAAGCCAAGCAGCUUGAGAUGCAAAACAAGCUUUGGGUAAAAGACGAGAAGCUUAAACAGCUGAAAGCAAUUGUUGCCGAGACAAGGACAGAAAGGCCCGAGAAACCUGAAAGAAUUCCACGGGCAAGGGACCAAAAAGUACAUGUGCGGUCUGCGUCCCCGCCUGCUGUUCCUUUUUCUGGUAGUGCUGCACCUCCCCAAUCCAUUGCACAGUGCCAUUCAGCAUCUAGGUCACAGCUACAUAGGCGCUCUAAUUCCCACAGCAGCAUCUCUGUGGCCUCUUGCAUCUCGGAUUGGGAGCAGAAGACUCCAGACUGGAAAACAGAUGGUGACACUCUUUCUAAGAAUAAGCAUAGACUGCCGGAAUCUCUGCAAGUUAGGGACUCCAAUUUCCAAGGGAGAUGGCAGGGAGUGAACACGUCGAGCGGCUGCAAAACCAUCGCAGUAGGCCAAGAUGCACGUUCGAGGAAUGCACCACCUGUUCGUCUACGCCACCGAAGGUCGCGCUCAGCGGGUGGGGAACGAUGGGUAGACCAUAAGCCAAUUGGUAACGUCGAAAUAGACACUGUCCUCCAGCCACACAUUCCCAAUGCCAUCACAGUGGCAGUGCCAAAUGAAAAAGCUCUGGCUAAAUGUGACAAGUACAUUUUGACACAUCAGGAGCUUGCAUCAGAUGGGGAAAUUCAAACCAAGCUCAUUAAGGGAGAAGUGUUCAAGACAAGGGGUGGUGGCCAAUGUGUCCAGUUCACAGAUGUGGAGAAACUAAAGCAAGAGUCCCCUGUUGGUCCAAGGAAACGUAGAUCUUCUCCAAUUGCUCCACCUCGAGAUGAUACCACAGAAUCUGAGUGGACAGAUGUAGAAACAAGGUGUUCUGUUGCUGUGGAAAUGAAGGCAGGCAGCAACUUUGGACCUGGAUAUCAGCAUCAUGCUCAACCAAAGCGCAGAAAACCGUAAAUGCUGUGUAUAAACUUCAUUCUGUGAGAGACCUCGAGCAAUAUUGGAAACCGAAUACUGCAGGGUAGAGGCUAUGCAAAAUUUGGGUGCUUAUGAUCCCAACAUUGUUGUAAAACAUUUUGAAUUAUAACAAUAGUAAAUCUUGCUGAUAUGUAUAUUAGAUAGUUGGUUGUCCCUACAUUAUAUCUUUAAAAUUAUGCAUUUUAUUUUACGUGGGUCUUUUCUCUUGCAUGAGGAUACCGCUUUAUACCUCUCCCAUGUAAAAUAAUCAUGAUCUUUUGUUUUGAAAUAUUUUGAACAAUUGAUCAGUAUCAAUGAAAACUUGCAUUUCCAGAUUGGCUGCCGUUACAAAAUUACAUUUUUUAUGAACUUCAUCUUUUAAACAGCAUCAUUCUAUUGUGAUACUUUUGCUGGCCUACUUUUUUAUUAAAAGAAAUAGAAUAAUGCAUGCUAUAUAAAGUUCAAGGCAAACUCUGCAUUGAUCGCCCAUCCCUCGAUAAAUCCUGGUAUCUCAGUCUGCGCUGCUGCUAUUCAGUUGAGAUGAUGCACUUUAGAACAAUUCCCUUUGUGUAUAAAUGCUUGUCCACAUCACGGCAACAUCUCUGUAUUCUUGUACUAUAUACUUUUUCAUAAGACUUAAUUUUGUUUGGAUUUGCUGUACAUUAUAAACAGUUGAACUAUGGAUUUUUGUUAUAACAUCUUUUUAUCUCAAGUGUGACUUUUGUAAGUGAUUUCCAGCAUCCCAAAUGCAAAUAGUGAAUUCAUUUUUCAUUAAAAUUGUUCCUGCCAUAACA